AUGGCAAAGACAAUGUUGCUGUCGCUGCUGUCGCUGUGUGUGGUAUCGGCUUCGGCGGAUCUUACCGGGGAGAUCUCAAAUUAUACGGUUCAGCACGAACAGGGCAAGAGUCCGUCUGGUCCGGAGUGUGGCCCAUCAUUUUGUUUCGACAAGCAAACGGCAAACUGUUUCCAACAGCUGCCGGCCGACGUGUGCAUGAAGGCCAUUUACAUGUGCGUAAAGUACGUGUUUGCGGACACAAAGCCGCAAGAGUUUUGCGAGAAGGAGAAGAAGAAUGGGAAUGGUGCAGCCAUUGACGCUUUGGCAACUUCGGAAGCGGAGCAAGCAGAGCCGCGGAAGAUGCCACAGAUGCCCCUGCCGGAGGCCAUCUGGCUCGUGUUCCUAGUCGUGUUCACCAUGUGGGUUGUCUCAAAGCACUUCCGCUGUCAACCGAAGAAGGAGGAGAUCAGACCGUUCAAAAUGCCUUUGCUGUGUGAUGCCGUUUAA